AUGCAUCGACUUUUUGCUGAGCUGAAGCCAUCUGUAACCGUCACCGAGCAAAACCUGGCAGACCGAGUUCGGUAUAUCUUGCGCUCAAAUACAUUUGAUGUCACCGAACUCGAACGGCUACGACGUGAGGCUGUUCCUUCAUCGGGUGAAAAUGCUGUGUCUGAGGAUGCGGGGCCACAACUUGCUGAGCAAACGGCAAAUGUGGAUGCCGCCGUGAAUACGCCAGUUGUGGUUGAUUCAAACGAUGAUGGAACAGUCGCCCAGGAACUGGAACUAGAGCAAAUGAGGAGUACAUUGGAGGAGGCGAUUGUAGAAAUGCGCAGUACGCCUCUCGAAAAUCGACCGCGACUUUACCGCUUAGCCCUAAGCAAGCGGAAUCGGGCUGUCGUGAGGGAUCUGAACCCAAUGCUGGUUACCUAUUUGGAAGCCAGCCGGGACCUUUGCGAGACGGACUCAAUUCUUUUUGCGCCGCACUGGCAGUCUGCCGUAUUAUAG